UCGAUUUUCCCUCUCAAGUUCCCCGCAGCUCCGCCUCUCAUCCGGUAUCAUUUCUCCGGAAAAUCCCCGCUUUCCUCGCUCGCCACGCCCUCCUCCUCCUGCCCGGCUUUAAAGCCAGCGAGGCGCAGCUGCGCGGGGACGCGGCUGGGAGCAGAGGCCGGCAUGACCGCCGAGCAGCGGCGCAGCCUGGGCGCCUUCCGCGAUUACAUCCGGAAGACCCUGGACCCUACCUACAUCCUGAGCUACAUGGCCCCCUGGAUUAGGGAGGAAGAGGUGCAGUACAUUCAGGCUGAGAAAAACAACAAGGGCCCAAUGGAGGCUGCCACACUUUUUCUCAAGAUCCUGUUGGAGCUCCAGGAGGAAGGCUGGUUCCGUGGCUUUUUGGAUGCCCUAGACCACGCAGGUUAUUCUGGACUUUAUGAAGCCAUUGAAAGUUGGGAUUUCCAAAAAAUUGAAAAGUUGGAGGAGUAUAGAUUACUUUUAAAACGUUUACAACCAGAAUUUAAAAGUAGAAUUAUUCCAAUAGAUAUCCUUCCUGAUCUAUCUGAAUGUUUAAUUAAUCAGGAGUGUGAAGAAAUUACACAGAUUUGCUCCACUAAGGGAAUGAUGGCAGGUGCAGAGAAAUUGGUGGAAUGCCUUCUCAGAUCAGACAAGGAGAACUGGCCCAAAACUUUGAAAUUUGCUUUGGAGAAAGAAAGGAACAAAUUCAGUGAGCUGUGGAUUAUAGAGAAAGGUAUAAAAGAUGUGGAAACAGAAGAUCUUGAGGAGAAGAUGGAAACUUCUGACAUACAGAUUUUCUACCAAGAAGAUCCAGAAUGCCAGAACCUUAGUGAGAAUUCAUGUCUGCCUUCAGAAGUGUCUGAUACAGACUUGUACAGCCCAUUUAAACUAAGAAGUUACCAAUUAGAGCUUGCUUUGCCUGCCAAGAAAGGAAAAAACACAAUAAUAUGUGCUCCCACAGGUUGUGGAAAAACCUUUGUUGCACUCCUUAUAUGUGAACAUCAUCUUAAAAAAUUCCCUCAAGGACAAAAGGGGAAAGUUGUCUUUUUUGCUAAUCAGAUCCCAGUGUAUGAACAGCAGAAAUCUGUAUUCUCAAAAUACUUUGAAAGACUUGGGUAUAGAGUUACAGGCAUUUCUGGAGCAACAGCUGAUAAUGCCCCAGUGAAACAGAUGGUUGAGAACAACGACAUCAUCAUUUUAACUCCACAGAUUCUUGUGAACAACCUUAAAAAUGGAACGAUUCCAUCACUGUCCGUCUUCACUUUGAUGAUAUUUGAUGAAUGCCACAACACUAGUAAACAACAUCCAUACAAUAUGAUCAUGUUCAAUUAUCUAGAUCAGAAACUUGGAGGAUCUUCAGGCCCACUGCCCCAGGUCAUUGGGCUGACUGCCUCGGUUGGUGUUGGGGAUGCCAAAAGCACAGAUGAAGCUUUGGAUUAUAUCUGCAAGCUGUGUGCUUCUCUUGAUGCGUCAGUGAUAGCAACAGUCCGAGACAACCUGGAGGAACUGGAGCAAGUUGUUUAUAAGCCCCAGAAGUUUUUCAGGAAAGUGGAAUCACGGAUUAACGACAAAUUUAAAUGCAUCAUAGCUCAGCUGAUGAGGGAGACAGAGAGUCUGGCAAAGAGAAUCUGCAAAGACCUCGAAAACUUAUCUCAAAUUCAAAAUAGGGAAUUUGGAACACAAAAAUAUGAACAAUGGAUUGUUACAGUUCAGAAAGCAUGCAUGGUGUUCCAGAUGCCAGACAAAGAUGAGGAGAGCAGGAUUUGUAAAGCCCUGUUUUUGUACACUUCACAUUUGCGGAAAUAUAAUGAUGCCCUCAUUAUUAAUGAGGACGCACGAAUGAAGGAUGCUCUGCAUUACUUGAAAGACUUCUUCAGCAAUGUCCGGGCAGCAGGAUUCGAUGAGACUGAACAAGAUCUUACUCAGAGAUUUGAAGAAAAGCUGCAGGAACUCGAAAGUGUUUCCAGGGAUCCCAGCAAUGAGAACCCUAAACUCGAAGACCUUUGCUUCAUCUUACGAGAAGAGUACCACUUAAACCCAGAGACAAUAACAAUUCUCUUUGUGAAAACCAGAGCACUUGUGGAUGCUUUAAAAAAUUGGAUUGAAGGAAAUCCUCAACUCAGUUUUCUAAAACCUGGCAUAUUGACUGGACGUAGCAAAACAAAUCAGAACACAGGAAUGACUCUCCCAGCACAGAAGUGUAUAUUGGAUUCAUUUAAAGCCCACGGAGAUCACAAUAUUCUGAUUGCCACCUCAGUUGCUGAUGAAGGCAUUGACAUUGCUCAGUGCAAUCUUGUCAUCCUGUAUGAGUAUGUGGGUAAUGUCAUCAAAAUGAUCCAAACCAGAGGUAGAGGAAGAGCAAGAGGUAGCAAGUGCUUCCUUCUGACCAGUAGUGCUGCUGUAAUUGAAAAGGAGAACAUAAACAUGUACAAAGAAACAAUGAUGAAUGACUCCAUUUUACGCCUUCAGACAUGGGAUGAAGCAGAAUUUAAGGAAAAGAUUCUGCAUAUACAGAUUCAUGAAAAAUUCAUCAGAGAUAGUCAAGAGAAAACAAAACCUGUACCUGAUAAGGAAAAUAAAAAACUGCUUUGCAGAAAGUGCAAAGCCUUUGCAUGUUACACAGCUGACAUAAGAGUGAUAGAGGAAUCCCAUUACACUGUGCUUGGUGAUGCUUUUAAGGAAUGCUUUGUGAGUAGACCACAUCCUAAACCAACACAGUUUUCAAAUUUUCAUAAAAGAGCAAAGAUAUUCUGUGCCCGACGGGACUGCAGCCAUGACUGGGGAAUCCAUGUGAAGUACAAGACAUUUGAGAUUCCAGUAAUAAAAAUGGAAAGUUUUGUGGUGGAGGACAUUGCAACUGGAGUUCAGACACUGUAUUCAAAGUGGAAGGACUUUCAUUUUGAGAAGAUACCAUUUGAUGCAGCAGAAAUGUCCACGAUAUCAGAGCCUCAACCUUCAGCUUCCGGGAAUGAGUAACUCUGAGUGGAGAAGAAACUAACCUAGUGGGUAUAAUCAUGGAUUGCUUGUACCACUGUGAGGGUUUCUUUUUUUAAUAUCAUUAACAGUUUGUACUGUAUUAUAUAUGCAGAGCACAAAUGAAUGAAUCAGCACUGAAUAUUUAGUAGGCCAACAGAGCUCAUAGUACUUGGGAAAAAUUAAAAAGCCUUAUUUCUAGCCUUCUCUUUAGAGUCAGCUGCCAACAAACACACAGGGAUCACUCUGUACACCUUGGGAUAGAUGAAUGGAAUGUUGGAAAUUUUUCUUUUGAAGGUUACCAGUGACUCUGGUUGCCAAAUCCACUGGGCAUUUCUUGACCUCCUUUCUAUUUGAAUUCGGUGCAUUUGGCCCUGUUGAGUUCUCUUCUUGAAAUUCUCCCUUGGCUUCUCUUCUAGUUCUAUUCUAGUCUUUUUUAUUGAGUCCUCUUUGCUGAUCCCUUAAGUGUUGAUAAUUCCAAGGAUUCAAUAUAUGUACAUAUGUAAGUAUAUACUAUACAUAUGUAUAUGUAACUUAGACAUACAGGUAUGUAUAUGUAAUGGUUAUAUGUACUCAUGUUCUCUGUGUAGCAACAUGUGGUAUGGCUACACAGAGAACAUGAGUACAUAAAGGCAUUUUUAUUCUCAUACUAAAAGCUGUCCACCGUAAAGCAGCUGUGUAUAGCAAUAUGUAUCCAUUCUACAGUUGACAGCUGUUAGUAGUGAGCAUAAAAAUGGUAAAAUACUUAGAAACUUGCCAAAUACAUUUUGCCCUAUUAAUAUGUUCCCUUAACAUGUGCUGUUGUUCUCUUUGACCAUUUUCCUUUAAUGGCUGACGUUCAACUGAAUGUCUGUUCUCAGGUCCCUUGGAUGUUACUGAUGAGGCAGUUUGUCCUUUCUACUUCACAAAUUAGGAUAUGUAUUCAGAUGGCAUUCAUGUGUCACUUAGCAAGGUUUGCUGAUGCUUCAAAGAGCUUAGUUUGCAGUUUUCUAGACAUGGAAAUAAGUGCCUGAGUUCCCUGGAUAUCAACGGGAUGAUGUGUUACAGCUGCCUCCCUCUCCAUGCAGUCCAGUGACCAGUGAGUGGUGCAAGCAGGGAGCCAGAGAAACCUGCCAGUUAUAUAACUUUUCUUUGGCUUUUCUUCAUCUGUAAAACAAGGAUAAUACUGAACUGUAAGGGUUAGUAGAGAGUUUUUAAUUUAAAGAAUAUGUGAAAAGUACAUGACACAGUAGUUGCUUCAUAAGUUACUAGAAGUAGUUGUCUUUGUAAGACCCAAUGCAAAUGGAUUAUUUAAACCAA